AUAGUAACGGCCAAUUUGCAGUAGGAUGAUUGUUAUCUAGUUAUCUGGAAAAAUGUGUCAAAUAGUAUUUCCAGAAAGCCAGACUCAAUGAUUCCGAAGAAAUUUCGUUGAUAUUUUCUAAGAGAAAUGAAUAAAACUUCAGAGUUGUAAAAUAAGUUUUUAUUCUCGUUCAGGCAGAACGGGAACAUGGUUUCUCGAAUUGAUCGACCGACAUCUAAACUCUUCCAGCCAAUCAAAAAUUUGCGACUGCACUUUCUAAUUGCAUUUAUUAUUUUAUUGCGAUGUCUUGUCGCUAUUCUACAAAUGCAAAUUACCGCGGCACAACAAAAGUCGAAUCUCCACAAUGUUGAAAUCAAGAUGAAACUUAUUGAAGACGAACUUUUUUUACGCCAAAAGGAACUGAAAAUUGUCAAGGAUGAAAUCAAGUUAAUUGGAAGAAAUGAUGUAGCUGACAGUGAAGAUCGACACGAUGGUAAUGAAAGGAAUGUCCAGCGAAAAGGAGAAUAUGGCAACUGUACCUGCAGCGUCAAAGAUAGUCAGAAGGUUGAUAUUGAAAUGUUAGAUCUCUACAAGGACAUACCUUUCACAAAUGCAGAUGGAGGUGAAUGGACACAAGGUUGGCAAAUCAAAUAUAAUUCGGAUGACUUUAACGAAGUAAACAAGCUUAAAGUUUUUGUUGUACCUCACUCACAUAAUGAUCCAGGAUGGCUUCGAACCUAUGACGAAUACUAUGAACGAACAACCAAAUACAUACUGUACAGCAUGGUAAACUUCCUGAGCAGUCAUAAUGACAUGAAGUUCGUUUGGGCUGAAAUUUCAUUUUUCUCCCGAUGGUUCGAGAAACUUCCGCCUCACUGGAAAAGGAAUAUCAAACAAAUGGUAGAUCGUGGCCAAUUGGAAUUUGUUACAGGUGGUUGGGUCAUGCCUGACGAGGCGAAUUCACAUUGGCUAGGCGUGACCAUACAACUGAUCGAAGGGCAAAACUGGCUCAAAAAACAUUUGAAUGUUAAACCGAAAUCAGGGUGGGCCAUCGAUCCAUUUGGCCAUAGUGCAACAAUGCCGUUCUUGUUGAAAAAAUCUAAUUUGAAAAAUAUAUUAAUUCAAAGAACUCAUUAUGAAGUCAAAAAACGGCUAGCACAGGAUAAGAGUUUAGAAUUUCAUUGGAGACAAAUUUGGGAUAAAUCAGGAAAAACUGACAUGUUUACUCACAUGAUGCCAUUUCUAUCUUACGGAGCUCCUUAUAGCUGCGGACCUGAUCCAAGAAUUUGUUGUCAAUUCGAUUUCGAGCGUUUACCGGAUAAAGGUCGAACAUGUAAGUGGGGAGUUCAACCGGAGGAAAUUACAGACGAAAAUGUUGUUCAAAAAGCACAACUACUUCUUGAUCAAUGGCGAAAGAAAUCAACUUUAUAUAAAACGCGAUCGCUUCUAGUGCCUUUGGGAGAUGACUUCCGUUACACCACUAUUGGAGAGUGGGAGGAUCAGUAUAAAAAUUAUUAGAAACUAUUUAACUAUUUAAAUAGUCGAAAGGAUUUAUUUGUGCAGGCAAAAUUUGCAACCCUUGGAGAAUAUUUCGACUCCGUUCACCAAGAAAAUCAAAUGUUCCCUUCACUUAGUGGCGACUUCUUCACAUAUGCUGAUCGAGACGACCACUACUGGAGUGGAUACUAUACAUCACGCCCGUAUUACAAGCGUAUGGAUCGUGUGUUGAUUCAUUACUUGCGAUCUGCUGAAAUGCUAUAUUCAUGGAAUAAUUGGCAAUCGAACGCGUGGUUGGAGAGAAGGCUUCGAAAUGCAACGCAAGCCUUAUCCUUGUUUCAACACCAUGACGGCAUUACAGGGACAGCGAGGGAACAUGUGGUUCAGGACUAUGCCCAAAUGUUAAACUUUGGUGUCAGGUCUUGCAAAUUUGUUAUGCAACAAGCAGUGUAUCGACUUCUUAUGGAACCUGAGAUGUACAAACCGGAUUUCAAACGGACCUACUUUGAAUUGGACGAGUCUCAUUGGCCCGGACUAGAAGACGAUGUCCGACCUACGAUUAUUAUCAACAAAUCAAACCCAAGAAAAUAUGUUGCCUUCCAUAACUCACUACCGCAGUGGCGUGAGGAACUUGUGGAACUUCAAGUAUCUACACCUUACAUUAAGGUGACCGAUAUUGGAAACCGUACAGUACUAGCUCAAAUUUCUCCUGUGUGGUCCUGGGACAAUCUUUUUAUGAACAUAAUCACUCCUAGAGCCCUGACUUCAAAAUUUAUUCUCCAUUUCAAAGUGAAAGUCCCACCAUUAGGACUAACCACAUACGUAGUCAAUUUAGUUUCUAAGAAAGACGUACCAAGCUCCACAACAUUUUCAAAAAUAACAAUCAUGACUAAAGUUCCGUUUUUUGUUUCCCUGUCGGACUACCCUCUGGAAGUACAGUUUGCAAAGCUGCGUAACUUUCACGUGCAAACAUCGUCCUCAAACGUAUCCUUCACAAAACAUGGUUUCUUGAAAAUAAUAUCUGGAAAGGCGAAUUUUCCGCAUGUUCCAAUACAUAUUGAGUUUUUGAAAUACGGAACAAAAAGCUGGUUCGCCGACGAAAGGAGUGGUGCCUAUUUAUUCCUCCCAAAUGGUCCGGCGAAACCACUUCGAAUUGACAACCCAACUGUUUUGAUAAGUGAAGGGGUCCUUGAAACAAGUGUUUCAACUGGAUUGCCUUUCGUUAUUCAUAAAACCAUCUUGCGAGAUGAUGAUGUCGAGAUGAGAAAUUAUGUGAACAUUGGAGACAUGGGAAACCAAGAAAUAGUCAUGAGGUUAACCACCAAUAUUAUGAACGGACAUGAAUUUUAUACGGACUUGAAUGGUUUCCAGAUCCUAAAACGUGUCAAUUUAAAUAAAUUACCCCUUCAAGGCAACUACUACCCAGUUCCCUCUUCAAUUUACAUCGAAGACGAAUUGACCCGUCUCACCCUAUUAAGCGCCCAACCUCUUGGUGGUUCAUCUCUAACGUCAGGGCAAAUUGAUAUAAUGCAAGAUCGGCGACUAAAACAAAGCGAUGGGCGUGGUUUAGGUGAAGGAGUACUUGACAAUAAGCCAGUUCUGCACAUGUUCCGAUUAAUUAUCGAAAGUCGCAGAAACUGCCCACAACAACCAAAGGACUACGCUGGAGGAUCGUUGACGGCAAACGCUCACCGUCAGCUUCAAAGCUUACUACAUCCGAUUGACAAAUUUAUUUUCAAGGAGCAAAACUGGCCUGGGAUGAAGGACAGUUUCGGAGCAGAUCAUCAUUCUUUGGAUGAUGACUUUGAGAUAGGGAUGCUGCAACAUUUACCAGAGGUUUAUCAGGUCGGUGACAAGAGGACUCAAGAUCGUGUGGGGCUAAUUAUGCAUCGUACCCAGAUUGAUGAAUGUGAUAUUAGUGAUAAUUACUCUGGAAAGAUCAACAUCCGCAAUCUUCUAGGCCUACAAAACAACGCAGAGAUAUUUUCGUCGCCAUUAACUUUCGUAGAAACAAAUGAAAAAAUAACGACCGACCACGUUGAUUUUUGUCCGAUGGAAAUUAAGUCAUUUGUUAUACAAAGAUGAUUUGCUUUUGUUUAGUGGAGACCAACGAGAAAUCCAAUCCAGAGAUUUUAAUUAUAUUACGAAUGAAAUGAUUCGUGGAAACUCUUGUAGUGCCAUUGAAAUGUUUCACCGAGAAAGAAACCAUUUGCCAUUCAGCUUCAAUCAGAUGAUUAGUUUUCGUUGAGUUCUUCCUUCGGUAAAAUUAUAGAGCCAAAUUCUCGUUCUAAACUUGUAUAUUGUUAAAAUCAGUUGAAUAUAUUUUGUUAUUUUACUAUAAAUUUAUUAAUUGACCUAAAAAAUUAAAUCGAUUAAGGUAGUAGCACUCGAAA